CAACUGCGUGAAGAUGCAUAUACACACAUGCGCAGUAGAGUGGUGGGGUUAGAAACGUUCUUGAAUUGGGAGAAGAAAAAGCUUCUGAACUGGGAGAUGACUAUUAUUAUUUGAAGAAGGAUCAUGUACAAAGAUAUACCGAAAAAUGAGAAUUGUACAUUAAUACAAGCUAUUAAUUCAAUUAUUUCUAUGGAUGAUACAGUACUCGAGAAUAUUGAAAUAGAACAGGAAAAUAUUGAAACAUCUAUUAGCCCUAAUAUACAUGAAUGGAGUGCUUAUGAUGUAUUUGAAAUGAAUAAGGAAUCUGAAAGAUUACCACCUGCCGACAAUAAUGAUUCCAAAACAAGCAUUCAGGAGAAAAGUAUUUUAAACACCUCUUGUACGGUUACUAAUGAAGCUAAUCAUUGGGAAGAUGAAACAUUUUUUAAUGUGUCAUUUACACAACUAAUUUCUUCUAAUGAAAAAAAUGAUACCUCGAAUUGUCUUAUUCAGGUUCCUAUUUCAAAAUGUGAAAACCUUAUUGAAGAAACAGUUUCCAACGAUAUCAUGAAUUCCACAUGUGUGUCUCAUGAUAAAUGGAAGGACAAGAAUUUAUUAAAAAGACAAACCAUUGGCGACAAUAAUAAUAUUCCAAACAAAAUACGUUGCAAGCUUAAAAAAGAUUCUACAUUUUAUGGAUUACCAGAUCCUGUAAAAGACCUUUUCUUAAAAAUGAGAGGUAUUGAUAAAGUUUAUGACUGGCAGGAUGAGUGUUUAAAUUCAGAUGCAAUAAAAAUACGAAAAAAUUUUAUUUAUACCCUUCCAACAAGUGGUGGCAAAACUUUAGUUGCAGAAAUAUUAAUGCUGAAAGAAGUGAUAUGUAAUAAAAGAAAUGCAAUAUUUGUAUUACCAUAUGUUGCUAUAGUACAAGAAAAAGUUCAAGCAAUGGCACCGUUUGCUUUAGAAUUAAAUUUUUUGAUUGAGGAGUAUGCAGGAGUUAGAGGCCACUAUCCACCAAAAAAACGCAGAAAAAAGAAUUCUAUAUAUAUGUGCACCAUAGAAAAGGCAUUGGGUUUAAUCAACAGUUUAAUUGAAGCAGAUCGUUUCAAUGAAAUUGGUCUUAUAGUUGUGGAUGAAUUGCAUCUACUUGGAGAAGGUGGGAGGGGAGCAACAUUAGAAGUUCUCUUAACAACAGCAUUAUAUAUUAAAGAAAACCUUCAAAUUAUUGGUAUGAGUGCAACAAUAGGCAAUUUAAAAGAAAUUGCGGACUUUUUGAAUGCAGAUUUAUACAUUGGAAAUUUUAGACCUGUUGAAAUUAAAGAGUAUGUUAAGUGUGAUGAUAACAUUUGGCUACUCGACCUAAAAACCGAAGAUCUCUUAACAGAUCUAAAGAAAAUUAAUUACCGUUACUCAAAUGAUGCAGCAAUCAUCGAUCCAGACAGAAUUGGAGGUUUAGUAAUGGAUGUAGUUCCACGAGAUUCCUGUCUCAUAUUUUGUUCUAGUCGUAAGAAUUGUGAAAAUGUUGCCUUGUUAUUAACUAAAGUUUUAUUCAGAUCGUUGGAAGAACAUAAAAAGGAUGAGAAGCAAAAUUUAUUAACUGCGCUUCAAACCGAGGAAGGCCUGUGUCCUAUAUUGCGUCGAACUAUAAAAUUUGGUGUAGCUUAUCAUCAUUCUGGCCUUACAAGCGAAGAAAGACGGCUAUUAGAAGACGCUUUUAGAGUCGGAACUAUCUGUGUUAUAUGUUGCACGUCAACAUUAGCUGCUGGAGUAAACUUACCAGCAAGAAGGGUAAUACUAAGAAGUCCGUAUGUAGGCAAUCAGUUUUUGAAUUUAAGUAGAUACAAACAAAUGAUUGGAAGAGCUGGUCGCGCUGGUAUGGGAAAUAUUGGAGAAAGUAUACUAAUAUGUAAAAAAAAUGAUUUAUUAAAGGUGAAGGAACUUUUAAUGUCUAAAAUGGAUGAUUGUUUAAGUAAAUUACACGUUGACAAUGACAGAGGCAUUAAUAAUUUAAUUUUAAGUGCUACAUUGUUUUCUAUAGCGAAAACUAGAUCUCAGUUACAUAAACUAUCAAAACGCACUUUACUCAAUAUUCAACAACAACGUUUAGAUGUUAACAUAAAACAUGUUGCAGACAAAGCAAUAACAGAAUUUUUAAAAAGUGGUGUAAUGAAAGUUAAGCAGGAACGAAGCUAUAGAGGAUUCAAACCGAACGUAAGUGUUGCUAUCCCAUCGCAAGAUGAAGACUCUGCUAAUAAAGUCACAGAAAUCAACAAGAAAAAGACAAUCGUUACACUGCUGGGUGAAACUGAAUUAGAACUUUGUAGCUUGGGGCGAGCUGCUAUGAAAGGUAAUAUUGAUAUGAACUCUGCGUAUACACUGUACACAGAUUUACAAAGAGCACAGGAACACUUAAUUCUUGUCGAUUAUUUGCAUCUUUUAUAUCUUGUUACUCCAUACGAUAUUGUGUCUCAAAUAAAACCAAUCGGAUCCAUUUAUUAUGAUGUGGUCACUAAUUUAUCAGAGACACAAAUGAAAACAGCAAGACUUCUUGGAGUUAACGAGACAUCCAUUAUCAAAUUACGCGACGGCUUAAUGCCUAAGAAUGUGGAACCAAGAGUAACUCAACGAUUUUACGUAACAUUAAUAUUGUAUGACUUGUGGACACAUCAUGCAGUUUAUACAAUAGCAGACAAAUAUCAAGUAAAUAGAGGUAUUUUACAAAACCUUUUAACAGGAGUUUCUUCAUUUGCUUCUUCUGUAGUUCGAUUUUGUCAGGAGUUGGAAGAAUUUUGGUCAUUUGGAAAUAUAUUAGAUGUGUUCAGUAAACGAUUGUCUUAUUGCUGUCCUCUAGAGUUAGAGGUAUUAAUGGAGUUACCACAAGUGAAAAUUGGAAGAGCACGUCAAUUGUAUAAUGCAGGUUAUAAAACAUUACAAUGUAUCGCCAGAGUGAAACCGGUCGAUUUAAGAGAAAAUAUUCCAUAUUUAAGUAAAAACGCAUCAAUACACAUUGUCGAAGCUGCUAAAGUAAUGUUUUCAUUAGCUGAGCUUAUAUUAAUAAUUAUAAUUUAAAAAUUA